AGCGAGGGGAGAGCGGCGGGGGGUCGCGGCCAUUAGGCUGGGAUGUGCGCGGUGCCAGCGGUGGAGGACACUCGGUGGAUUGUGAAGCGUUCCAGGCACCAUGGCAGAUCCCAUCCGCUGGGCCAGAUACCGCUGGCAGCGACUCAUAUCCACGGAGGGUGGAGAAGGUAGCAGCAGCAGCAAUUCAAGUAACAAGUGCUAUCAAUCAUCAAAAACUCUUGGCAAACACAGGAUAGUGAUACCCUGUUUGGGACAUUUUAAGGAAGAGUAUGAAAAAGUAUCAAAACUGUACAUGAACAACAAAAUACGGACUACUAAGUAUACGUUAUUGAAUUUCUUACCCCGGAAUUUAUUUGAACAGUUUCACAGAGUUGCCAAUUUGUAUUUCCUAUUUCUAGUUGUCCUAAAUUGGAUUCCUCUGGUGGAAGCCUUCCAAAAAGAAAUUACAAUGCUACCUCUAAUAGCGGUUCUGACAAUUAUUGCAGUGAAAGAUGGUCUGGAAGAUUACUCAAAGUACAAAAUGGAUAAACAGAUAAACAAUUUACUAACCAAAGUAUAUAGCAGGAAGGAGAAGAAAUACAUAGAUGAAUGCUGGAAAAAUGUCAACGUUGGGGACUUCAUCCGGCUGUCACGUAACGAAAUCAUUCCUGCAGACAUGGUGCUGUUAUAUUCCAGUGACCUGGAUGGGAUCUGUUACAUUGACACGGCAGGCCUCGAUGGAGAAACCAAUCUGAAACAGAGGCAGGUGGUGAGAGGAUACUCGGAGCAGGUCUCUGAAAUUGAUCCAGAAAAAUUUUCCAGUAGAAUAGAGUGUGAAAGUCCUAACAAUGACCUCAGUCGCUUCCGAGGCUUUGUUGAGCAUUCAAACAAGGAACGAGUGGGCCUCAGCAAGGAAAACUUACUGCUCCGAGGAUGCACAGUAAGAAACACAGAAGCUGUUGUAGGCAUAGUGGUAUAUGCAGGCCAUGAAACCAAAGCCAUGCUGAAUAAUAGCGGCCCUCAUUACAAGCGCAGUAAAUUGGAAAGAAAAGUGAACACUGAUAUUCUUUGGUGUGUUCUGCUUCUAAUUUUGAUGUGUUUAACUGGUGCAAUAGGCCAUGGAAUUUGGCUAAAUAGGUAUUCGGAGAUACCUUUUUUUAACAUCCCUGAGCCAGAUGGGAAAUCAAUUCCUCCAGCGUUAGCAGGGUUCAAUAUGUUCUGGACGAUGAUCAUUUUAUUACAGGUCUUGAUCCCAAUUUCUCUCUAUGUUUCAAUUGAAAUUGUCAAACUGGGACAAAUUUAUUUAAUACAGAAUGACAUUGAUUUUUACCAUGAGAAAACAGACUCAACAAUUCAGUGUCGAGCACUGAAUAUUGCUGAAGACCUUGGCCAGAUUCAGUAUAUCUUCUCUGACAAGACUGGAACCCUCACUGAAAAUAAGAUGGUUUUUCGGAGAUGCAGCAUCGCAGGACAGGAGUAUUGCCAUGAGGAAAAUGCAAAGAGGUUGGACUCCUAUCAAGAGUUGGAUUCAGAGGAUGAGGAUCCAGCUGAUCGUCAGUGUGGCUCUUCAACCCACAUGUUAAAACCACAGGGACUCAAUUGUGGAGCUGUGAAUGAACCUUUGAACAGAAAGUCUUUGAAUGAGUUGUCUGGGAGCUACCCUGCACUAGGAAGGGAAGAUGGAGCAGGUGAUGCUCCCCGUUCAGGACAUGUUGCUUUCAGCAGCCCCAUUGAAACGGAUGUUGUACCAGACACACAACUGCUGGAGAAGUUCAGCCAAAUUUCUUCUCAUUCUUAUCAACAAUCAGAAGAAGGUAGCAGCGAGUCAUCUUUGGAGACAAUGUACGUCGCUGACUUCUUUCUUGCUCUGGCAAUCUGUAAUACUGUUGUAGUUUCAGUCCCCAAUCAGCCACGUCAGAAGAUGCGACUCUCCUCGCUGGGUAGGAUGCCUCUGAAAUCUCUUGAGGAAAUCAGGCAGAUGUUCCAGAGAUUGUCAGUCCGGAGACUAAGUUCCUCCCCAGCUCCAAGCGUGAAAGAGUCAUCACCUGAAAGCCCCAACAGUUUUGUGAGCAAACUGUCUAUUUUCAGAAUGAAACUGGCUUCACCUGCUUCGGAUGGAGCUGCUCAAAGGGCUGCUGAGCCUCACGAUACCGAGAGCCCAGAAAAUUCCCAAGUGCCUGAGGAGGUAGAUAUGGUGAACGUAGCUGCUGGCAGUGAAGACAGCAGUGCUGCCUCCUCUAUUGAACUGUCUCCCUUGUCUAAGCUGUGUUAUGAAGCCGAGAGCCCAGAUGAAGCUGCCUUGGUUCAUGCUGCUAGAGCUUACAAAUGUAUUUUACAGUCUAGGACCCCAGAUCAGGUGACUGUGGACUUUGCAGGUCUGGGGUCUUUAACGUUUCAGCUGUUGCACAUCCUGCCUUUUGAUUCCGUGCGGAAAAGGAUGUCGGUGGUGGUUCGGCAUCCAGUCUCCGGCAAAGUGGUGGUGUACACAAAAGGUGCAGACUCAGUCAUGAUGGAGUUGUUGGGAACUGCAUCUGAAGGUACUAACAAUUCAGAGAUGGAACAAAAGAAGAUUAAAGAGAGAACUCAGAAGCAUUUGGAUGACUAUGCCAGAAGAGGACUGCGCACUCUGUGCAUCGCUAAGAAGGUGAUGAGUGAUGCAGAAUAUGCAGAGUGGUUAAAUCAUCAUUUUUUAGCGGAAACCAGCAUUGACAAUAGGGAGGAGCUGCUGCUGGAAUCCGCCAUCAAGCUUGAGACUCAACUGACUUUGCUCGGUGCCACUGGCAUUGAGGAUCGCCUGCAGGAGGGUGUUCCAGACACGAUACAGGCCUUACGGAAAGCGGGGAUAAAAAUAUGGAUGCUGACAGGUGACAAGAGAGAGACAGCUGUCAACAUCGCCUGUGCCUGUAAACUGCUGGAGCCAGAUGACAGAAUCUUCACUCUCCAAUCACAGAGUAGGGAUGCCUGCGCCUUGGUGAUGAGCAAAAUCUUAGAAGGCAUCCAGAAGAAUACUUCUGCGGAAAAAAAGCCCAGUCAGAAACUUGGGAAUGUCUCUGCAAGUCCCUCCACCCAAGCUCCAGGGUUCAGUGCAGGCCUGGUUAUUGAUGGAAGGACUUUAGAGCAUGUCCUGCAUGACAGCCUACAGAAUAUGUUCUUGGAACUCACAGAAAAAUGUCGGGCUGUCAUCUGCUGCCAAGCCACGCCACUGCAGAAGAGUGUGCUGGUCAGACUGGUGAGAAGCAAGCUCAAGGCAAUGACGUUGGCUGUAGGUGAUGGUGCCAAUGACGUCAGCAUGAUCCAGGUGGCUGAUACUGGUGUGGGGAUAUCAGGCCAAGAAGGCAUGCAGGCUGUGAUGGCAAGUGACUUUGCAAUCUCUCAGUUCCGGCACCUCAGGAAGCUGCUGCUUGUCCACGGUCACUGGUGUAACACCAGACUCACCAACAUGGUGCUUUACUUCUUCUACAAGAACGUGGCCUAUGUGAAUCUCCUGUUCUGGUACCAGUUCUUCUGUGGGUUUUCGGGCACAUCCAUGACUGACUACUGGAUUUUGAUUCUCUUCAAUCUCCUUUUUACGUCGGUGCCACCCAUCGUUUAUGGUGUCUUGGACAAAGAUGUGUCUGCGGAGAUACUCUUGCAGCUCCCACAGCUCUACAUGAUGAGCCAGAAAUCUGUGGCUUACUUGCCCUCAGCUUUCUGGUUAACCCUGCUGGAUGCUUUUUACCAAAGUCUCGUGUGCUUUUUCGUGCCUUACUUUACCUACUAUGGCUCAGACAUAGACAUUUUUUCUUUUGGAAACCCUAUCAACACAGCAGCGCUCUUCAUCAUACUGUUCCACCUUCUCAUCGAGUGCAAGUCUGUGACGUGGAUACACGCAGCAGUUGUAGCUGGCAGCAUCCUGUUGUACUUCGUCUUCGCUCUGGCUUUCGGGGCAACCUGCAAACCCCACAACCCGCCCUCCAAUCCUUACUGGGUCAUGGAAAAGCACAUGAUGGAUCCGGUGUUUUACUUGGUUUGCCUCCUGACUACGUGUGUUGCUCUGCUGCCCAGAUACUUGCUGAGAGUUCUCCAAGGAACAUUGUGUCCGUCUCCGGUGUUGAGAGCCAAGCACCUUGACAGACUGACCCCCGGGGAGCAGCAGGAAGCCAUUCAGAGGUGGAGAGACGACUGUGCCGCGGAGCUCCAGGCUGCUCCUGGCUCUGCCCGCUCAGCCCCGGGUGCUGUGCCAGGGGAGGAAAGCGUUGCCAGCGUUCCACCAACAUCUACAACACCUCCUCAGGCCCGUUCAGGAGCUGGGUUAGCAGAGGAUGCCUCCUUCUUAGCAGACACUCAGGAUGAGCCUGGGGAUACAAACGGCUUGAACUCCGAGACGGCCGCGUUCCUGAAUCCCUCAAAGGACACUCAUGUGGAUGCGUCGGGCGGCGCUGCCGCGUGUGCCACCGUCCCUGCCCGCGCCUCCGGAGAGGGCAGCGGUGCCGGGGGGAACCCUGCUCUGCCCGGAGAAGAUGCUUUCGUGUAUUUUAGGAAGUUGGAAUGCUGACUGUUUUAAACCCAAGAGUAAUAACUGCUGAUUUAUGCGAUGUGGUUUUGUUUUCUUCAGCUUUUCUUAAAAGCCUUUUUGUUUAUAAAGCUUUUCUAGUAAUUUAUUAAGAUGUUCAAGAUCUAAAUGGCUGGGCUGCUUUUUUUAUUAUAUAUAUUUUUUUCCUACAGUAGACUUCGCACACGGCUACUUUGUUGUGUGCAAUAUUGUGUAAUGCCCGGUGGUGUUACGGACAGACAUUCCCUCACCCCGGAGCGGCAGGAUCCCGCUCAGGUAAGCCAGGCUGCUCCCUUGCCCUGUAUCCUAGAAUCCCGGCGUUCCCUGGGAUUCCCCACUUGGAGUGGGAAGGAAGCAGGAGGGCUGAGGUGUGGCAUUGUCACUGGGUGGAUUGGUGCAAGACUCCUCCGGUGUGUUUGGACAGUAACUGUUGUAACCAUUGUGGGCCAGUUUGGUCACUGGGCUAUUGGCGUGGGCUGUCUUGGUGAUGGCCGAGCAGGGUUCUAACCAUCAGAAGAGUGGCCCAGAUGAGAGGUGUGUCACGUCUCUCCAUCAUCUUCCACAACAAGAGCAAAUCCUGGUGCAACCUUUGGUUCUCCGUGAUGGUUCAUCCUCCUGCUGCAUCCUUCCUUUUUGUCUCCAUCCUCCUCUCCAUCUCCUACUUUUUGUUUCAUGGUGGUCACCACUGACUGGACUUCUUUUCCUCCUUGCCCAACUCCCAUGUUGGCUGCCUGACUUCAAACUCUACCUCACGCCCACACUGCGAAGUUGUCUGCCCGUGGCCGUGGGUACCUCUGGUCUGUCCUCAGGUCUUCUCUAACAAAUAGCAGCAUCUGGCUGACGACGUGACUCUUCUUCCCUCUCUGGUGUUUUCACAUUCCUCCAGGCUUUUAUAGUAAACAGCUGAAGUAUCUCUGAAGGCUGCUCCAAAGAAGGUAUAGCCCAUUGCACAUCCCAUAUUUGAGCUUUCUCCUCUGUCUUGGAGAUGUCCCACCUCUGCACUGAGGGGCACGUGGCUACCUCUGGAUUCCAGACUCUAUAAAAUAUUGCCUCCUUUUAACUUCCCUCCCCAAAAAGUUACAUGGCCAAUUUAUGGAGGAACUUAGGAAAUUGUUUGUAUCCACUAGCACCUGUUCAAAUAAACAGUUUCCUCAAACUGUAGCUGCUAAUGAAA